GUAAAUAGCUUCCUUAGUUUUCCCAAUGGACCCGCAGUUCAGUGCACAAGAUGUCCUGCGCUGUGAUCUGUGUGAGACUCCUGUUCCUCCAAUGUACUGUGACUUUUGUCAUGUCAAACUCUGUAAAGCCUGUGUAGGGGAGCAUCUCUCUGAUUUAUCCAAAGAACAUAAAGUGGUGCCAUUCAAACAAAAAGGAACCACACCCAAAUGUCCAAAUCAUGUUGGAAAAUUUUGUGAACUUUACUGUAAGGAAUGUGGCUUUCCUGUUUGUUCACGCUGUCUUUCAUCCAACUUCCACAAAGGACAUACUUUAUUGAAUUUACUGGAGAUAAUGAAAUCCAAAAAAGAAGCCAUAGAAAAAGAUGUUGACAAAUUAUCUAAUUCAGUAGGCCCUAAAUAUGAAGAAAUUUCCAGAGAGAUAGAGAGAGGAAAAACAAACCUAGAAAAGCAAUACAAGAAACUGACAACAGCUGUCACCAAACAAGGAGAAAACUGGCACAGAGAAAUUGACAUCAUUGUCAACCAAAAAAAAUCUGAAAUUGAUGAGAUGAAAACUCAACACCUGACCAUUUUAAAUAAACAGGAAAAUGAAAUCAAACACAAAAUUUCUGAAGUAAAACAGUGCAUACUUGAUCUGAAAAAAAUACUAGACUCCAAUGAUGUCUUCCUAACCUCUGUGUACAGAUCUCGGUAUACUGAAUUCAAAAAAUUACCUCCUAAAGUCAAUGUUUCAUUACCAAGUUUCUCUUCUCAGAAAAUCAACAUGGAACAGCUCAAUCAAAUGUUUGGUUCUCUGUCAGCUUUAUCCAUUACAAAAGAACAUGGCUACACAAUAAAGACACAAGAAGCUGCAUCCUGUCCUCCAGUCAAACCACUGCUUGAUGAACCAGAACUCAUCACCACCAUAGACACUGGGUAUAAAUAUCAAUACAGUGUUACUUGUCUCAGUGAUGAAGAAAUCUGGAUAAGUGGAGAUGACAAAGUAAUGAAACUUUACAACCUCUGGGGCAAACUACUGAAGUCAAUCCAAACUAAGUCUGGGAACAGACCAUGGGACAUAGCAGUGACAAGGAGUGGAGAUUUAGUUUAUACUGACCCUGAUACAAGAACUGUAAACGUAGUGAAGAAUAAACAGAUACAGGAAGUGAUCAGACUACAGGGAUGGAAACCUUACCAUGUCUGUAGUACCUCCUCUGGGGACCUCCUGAUUUCCAUGUACAGUGAUGAUUAUGAACAAUCAAAAGUUGUCCGUUACUCUGGCUCCACAGAAAAACAAACCAUUCAGACUGAUAGUAAAGGUAAACCUCUGUAUUCAUCUGAAGACAUUAAAUACAUCAGUGAGAAUGGAAACCUAGAUAUCUGUGUUGCUGACCAUGGAGCCCAUGCAGUAGUGGUGGUUAAUAAGGAAGGAAAAUUUCGAUUUAGAUACACUGGUCAUCGCUCUACACCAGGUGGAUCAUUCUAUCCAUAUGGCAUCACAACUGACAGCCAGAGUCAGAUCCUGACAGCAGACUGGAACUGGAACUACCACUGUAUCCACAUCAUAGAUCAGGAUGGACAGUUCCUCCGUUACUUUGAUAACUGUAAUCUAAAGUGUCCAUGGGCUUUAUGUGUGGACAUCAAUAACGACCUCUUCGUGGCUGGGCGUUUCAGUGGUAAAGUGAAGAAAAUCAAAUAUAUGUAAACAAUAUUUUAUUUACAGGAAGUUUUUGUGAUGGAGAUAUGAUCCUUG